AUGAUCUCAUCCUCAUUCGCCCCGAGUCUGACACGAAGGGACACUGCCAAGUCAAGCGGUGGCCAUGAGUAUUCUCAUGGCGGCAUUCCCCCGGUGAGCGGAGGAGGUUCAUUUGGGCCCCAAAGUGCCGGUGCCGUCUACCAGCAGAUCCACGAAAUGGCUGCGAAAAGGAUCUCAACUUUAGAUUACCUGAGAAAAGCCCUCGAGGGACGGGUUUACUGGUUCAAUACGGUGCAUUUUUCUCGCGCUGAUAUUGGUCGCCUACCAUAUUUCGAGCCUCGGAAGCUUUCUCGCCGAGCCAUUAAUUACCUUCUCCUGGGCUUGUCCCUCCCGCCAAUUCUUGAUGUGAAUUCGACCCCAUUCGAGUAUUUGCGAGCCCUUAACGCCCUUCUCCUCGAAUUCGAAGCCUUCCAACAAGUUCAUCCGCCUGAUGGUAGCUCGUCAUCGAGCCUUGCCAGAGCGCGCAUUCCACAGAUGUUCAAACGAGCAGCACAAGCAGGCACAAAAACUCGGCGAGCGAGCUCUGCAACAGAGAUUGGCCUACCAAUGCAGAUCAGUGACCCGUCAGACUUGAAGAGCACCGCUGGCAAUAUCACAUCGCCCUCUAGUGCAGCGGCCUCGGUCAUCUCGUUCCCACUCACCGAAUCAUCUGAUCUUCUCCCUGGGGAGGAAUACAAUUACCUCCUCACGCCUUCGCUGCCCUUUGAGCCUGACUUUUUCGAGACCUUUUCAACUCUCUGCGAUGUGUUGAUUGACUGCUAUAGUCGAAUCACGGCGCUAGUAUCAUCGCCUUCGGUCUGCUCAGUAGCACUAGGGGAGAUCUUUUCUAAAGCGGAUGCCAAAAUACGGAAGAUCAUGGUAGCAGGUGCGGUGCGGGAAUUUGAAGAUGCCAGCCGGAAUGGCGUCAAAUAUGAAAUGUCUGGCGUCGGUCGGGUGGUUCUCGGGGGCCUACUAGGGUAA